AUGGCCGUUUGCAUCAACAUGGAUAUCGUCAAGGCAAUCUACAUCCUCAUUCUUAUUGUUUGGAGCGGAUUUCUUUUUGUUCUUCUUUGCACUCUCAUCCGCGAAUGGUUCUUCCCAGAGCCAAAACAUCUCCAAAAGAUUGAAGAGGAGAAGGACUACGUUCCACCUCCCAAAUACGUCUCUCUCGACGUUGCCGACCUCGAAAAAACGCAUGGAUUGGAGAUCUACCAAGAAACAUCUGACACUCUUCCUCUUCUCCCAAUUUGA